CCGGUCCGCUCCCUCGGCCCGCCGCCGCUGCUCCAGAUGAGGUGAUGGCAACAGCCAACUUCGGCAAGAUCCAGAUCGGGAUUUACGUGGAGAUCAAGCGGAGCCAUGGCCGAAUACACGAAGCAAUGGUAACAUCUUUAAAUGAAGAUAAUGCAGGUGUAACUGUUGAAUGGAUAGAAAAUGGAGAUACAAAAGGCAAAGAGAUUGACCUGGAGAGCAUUUUUUCACUUAACCCUGACCUUGUACCUGAUGAAGAAAUUGAACCCAGUCCAGAAAUACCUCCACCUCCGACAUCCUCAGCCAAAGUAAACAAAAUUGCAAAGAAUCGACCGACUGUGGCAUCUAUUAAGAAUGACCCUCCUCCAAGAGAUAACAGAGCACGUAGAAAAUCUAAUUGUGUGAAAGAAGUGGAAAAGGUACAAGAAAAGCGAGAAAAAAGGAGAUUGCAACAGUAAGAACUUAGAGAAAAAAGAGCCCAGGAUGUUGAUGCCACAAACCCAAAUUAUGAAAUUAUGUGUAUGAUCAGAGACUUUAGAGGAAGUUUGGAUUAUAGACUGCUAACAACAGCAGAUCCUAUUGAAGAACAUAGAAUAUGUGUUUGUGUAAGAAAACGACCACUGAAUAAGAAAGAAACUCAAAUGAAAGAUGUUGAUGUGAUCACAAUCCCUAGUAAAGAUGUUGUGAUGGUACAUGAACCCAAACAGAAGGUAGAUUUAACAAGGUACCUAGAAAACCAAACAUUUCGUUUCGAUUAUGCCUUUGAUGUCACAGCUCCUAAUGAAAUGGUUUACAGGUUUACUGCUAGGCCACUAGUAGAAACUAUAUUUGAAAGGGGAAUGGCUACAUGUUUUGCCUAUGGCCACACUGGAAGUGGAAAAACUCAUACUAUGGGUGGUGACUUUUCAGGAAAGAACCAAGAUUGUUCUAAAGGGAUUUAUGCAUUAGCAGCUCGAGAUGUCUUUUUAAUGUUAAAGACGCCGAAUUAUAAAAAGCUAGAGCUUCAAGUUUAUGCAACCUUUUUUGAAAUUUAUAGUGGAAAGGUGUUUGACUUGCUAAAUAGGAAAACAAAAUUAAGAGUUCUAGAAGAUGGAAAGCAGCAAGUUCAAGUGGUGGGAUUACAAGAACGGAAGGUCAAAUGUGUUGAAGAUGUACUGAAACUUAUUGACAUAGGCAACAGUUGCAGAACAUCCGGCCAAACAUCUGCAAAUGCACAUUCAUCUCGGAGCCAUGCAGUGUUUCAGAUUAUCCUUAGAAGGAAAGGAAAACUACAUGGUAAAUUUUCUCUCCUCGUUGGAAAUGAACGAGGAACAGAUACUUCCAGUGCAGACAGGCAAACUAGGCUUGAAGGUGCUGAAAUUAAUAAAAGCCUUUUAGCACUCAAGGAGUGCAUCAGAGCCUUAGGUAGAAAUAAACCUCAUACUCCUUUCCGAGCAAGUAAACUCACUCAGGUGUUAAGAGAUUCAUUCAUAGGUGAAAACUCUCGUACCUGCAUGAUUGCCACAAUCUCUCCAGGAAUGGCAUCCUGUGAAAAUACUUUUAAUAAAAGAUAUGCAAAUAGGGUGAAAGAAUUGACAGUAGAUCCAACUGCUGCUGGUGAUGUCCGCCCAAUAAUGCAUCAUCCACCAAACCAGAUUGAUGAUUUAGAGUCACAGUGGGGCGUGGGGAGUUCCCCUCAGAGAGAUGACCUAAAACUUCUCUGUGAACAAAAUGAAGAAGAAGUUUCCCCACGACUGUUUACUUUCCGUGAAGCUGUCUCACAAAUGGUAGAAAUGGAAGAGCAGGUUGUCGAAGAUCACAGGGCAGUAUUCCAGGAAUCAAUCAGAUGGCUAGAAGACGAAAAGGCUCUCCUAGAGAUGACUGAAGAAGUGGACUAUGAUGUAGAUUCAUAUGCUACACAACUUGAAGCUAUUCUUGAACGAAAAAUAGACAUUUUUACUGAGCUGCGGGAUAAAGUGAAAUCUUUUCGUGCAGCUCUACAAGAAGAAGAACAAGCCAGCAAGCAAAUUAACCCGAAGAGACCCCGUACCCUUUAAUUGAUAUUUGCUGCUAAACUAUC